AAUAUUAACGCCGUAAGAGGUAAACACUUAGAAAGGACCCCAAAACUUAGAAGGAUGUUAUGCGUUUCCAAGCUGUCCGCACGUAGACUUGUGAAUGUCAUAAGAUCAGAACUACUGCAAAGACAACGAUGGUUGUCGGCGACUUCGGGUACAAAAGAAGCGAUUUACGACAUAGAACAUGAGCAGAUGAAGGAAUCCCUGAAAAAGAUUAUUGAAAGGGACAUUAAUCCCAAUGUUGAUCAAUGGGAAGCAGAGGGACAGUUUCCAGCAAAACAAGUUUUCAAAACACUGGGUGAUGCUGGCCUUCUGGGGGUAACCAAGCCAACAGAGUAUGGGGGUUUAGGGCUGGACUAUACCUACAGCGUGGCAGUUGCUGAGGAGCUAGGUACCAUCAAUUGUGGGGGAAUACCCAUGGCAAUAGGUGUACAAACAGACAUGGCUACUCCUGCUCUAGCAAGGUUUGGAAGUGAUGAGUUAAAGAAGGAAUUUUUAGCACCAUCAGUGUCUGGGGACAGAGUGGCCUGUCUAGGGGUCAGUGAGGUCGGCUCUGGGUCGGAUGUAGCAAGUAUAAAGACGACAGCAGUAAAACAAGGUGGUGACCUGGUGAUAAAUGGGGGUAAGAUGUGGACCACCAAUGCAUUCCAGGCAGACUGGAUGUGCUUACUGGCUAAUACAUCGGAUGGAUCUGUCUAUGGCAACAAAUCACUUAUCUGUUUGCCUAUGAACUUACCAGGAGUGAAGUUAGCACGAAAAAUAGACAAGAUGGGAAUGAGGAGUUCUGACACUGCACAGGUACAUCUGGAGGAUGUACGCAUACCAGCCUCGUAUAUCAUUGGAGAGGAAGGAAUGGGAUUCACAUAUCAAAUGUUGCAGUUCCAGGAGGAACGCUUGUGGGCUACAGCAGCAGCUAUACUUCCCCUGGAUAAGUGUAUUACUACGACAGCAGAAUAUACUAGCCAAAGAAAGGCUUUUGGACAGCCAAUCCUUAGCAACCAGGUGGUCCACUUUCGUCUGGCCGAGCUUGCCACAGAAGUGGAGGCUCUUCGUUCAAUGUUGUACCGAGCAGUAGGCCAGUAUAUUCAGGGAAAUGAUGUGACCAUGCUGGCCUCCAUGUGUAAGCUAAAGAGUGGACGACUAGCUCGAGAAGUCACAGAUGGAUGUCUACAGUACUGGGGAGGCAUGGGAUUCACUAACGAGGUUCUAAUCAGCAGGUUUUACAGGGAUUUCCGCCUGCUGUCCAUAGGGGGUGGGGCUGAUGAAGUUAUGCUGUCAAUCAUAUGCAAAUACAUGGACACAUUACCAAAAAACCCAAAGAACUCUACAAAAUAAAAAUGAUAGGAUAGAGUAAGGAAGUGAAAGAAAAGUGGAACAGUUUUCAUUCACUGUGAUCCUCAAAGUUGGAACAUAUAUUCCUCAAAAAUACCUGCAUAAAAUGUACACCUUGAGAACCCUAAUUUGUUAUCAGAAUCAAAUGUUUUCAAAUAAAGGAGAGUAUGAUUUUUUUUAUUA